AUGGUCAAAUGCUCAAAAAUGCUUCGUUUCGCUCUUAUUCGUUCUGCAACAGGCAAUCUCAAUAAGCUGGCGGAAGAAAUAGUUGAUACUUUGAUUUUGCUAGUGGAAUCUGGUGCUCUUCUCGCUUUCACGAAGUCAGUUCUACUGCAUUCCCCAGAGGAAGCUGUUCAAUAUCAGCGCUUUACAUUGUCAAGGAAAGAUCUUCUGGCAAACCUUGAAAAAUUUAUUUCUGUUGGUGCUGAAGCCAAGAAUAUACAUCGUUUUUUGCCGUCCCCUACAAUGGAGUCUGAAUGGGAUCUGAUACUGUCUCCAAACACCACUGUUCUAGAGGGUCUCUGGCGAGACCAACUCAUUGCUCGUCUAGCGGCUGAACAAAUUGAUGAAACAGCUGGAGUAAUCAUGUCACACAUUUUGCGUCUCGCCGCUGCCUCCAAGGCGCAUGCAGUUAUCGAUUCAGAUCAAUCAGAAACAGUCUCUCGUGAACAGAUUAGCCAGAGUUUUGGCUCUCUUCCCGAACAUUUCGAAUCUUACUUAAGACUUCUUCUGGACGAUCCAAUGUCUUUGCUAGAGGAGAAGGCUGGUAUUGCGGGUGGAAUGUAUGUUUGCCGCUACAAAAAGGUGUUCAGAAGCAUGCUGAUCCGCCAAGCUGAGAAUUUGAUUCAAAUCCUGUAUGAAAAUGCCGGCCUUCGAAUCUUCAGACUUCUUUUGGACGAAGGUUUUCACACUUGGGAAAGCAUGGAAAAUCGGUUACUUAUUCCUCAAACAGAUUUCCGCAAAACGCUUCCCCAAAUGCUCGCCAGCGGCUUCGUUAUAUCUAAGGCGAGUGCCCAACCACUACUGGUUAAUCGUUUCUUACUGUUGCAGGAGUUCUCUAAAGCGAAGGAAUUCAAUGUAGACACUAUAGUGAGCGUAUUCAACAUUGACCUCACAAAGAUUGCUCGAGUGAUUAUUGAGUUUGCGCAGCAUUGUGUUCGAUGCCUCUCCUCGCGGUAUGAAGCUGAACUUAGCUGUAAACGACGUCUAAUUGAUCAACGUUAUCGCGUGGAGGGUUUGAUAGAUGACCACAAGGCGAAAAUUGCGCGUUUGGAGAAGGGAGUAGAGGAAGCUACAGAGGAUCAGGCAGAAGGAUCAGAAAAUUCGAUGGAUCCUCUUGAAUCCCUCAAGGAGAGCGUUCAAGCUCUUCAAAACAGUCUUACACCGGCUGAAGUCAAUCAACUCUCAAUCCUUACCAAUAAACUCUCAAAACUUUCAAGUGCACGUUGGGAAGCCGAAACUGCUUGGUUUAUUGCUGACAUGUAUCUGCGACUUCAUCCUUUAGCAAUGCCAUGA